AUGGGGAACUCCUCAAGUUCGGUAACUUCGGGCAUAAAGAAUCAGAUCGACGGAUCUUCCAAUGUGAUCUAUCCAUUAGCCGAUGUCACUGGGAAUGGGGAGCUGGCCAAUCUAGCCAAGGAAGCGAUUAAACUUGGGAAUACGGAUCUACUGGAUAAAACGAUAAAGGAGGUGAGAGAAAAGUCUAAUUGAGGAACACUAUUUAAAAAAAGUGCUGAAAUUUUGGUUUUUUCAUCAGGUCUGAUUUACAAAAUCGGAAUUUCUAUUCGGAAAUUCAAACUACAGGAUAAGCUUUUGCGUGAUUUAUUCUUGGCGUAUAAAGAUCAUGCCAUCAAAGUUUUGGAACUCUUAAGAUUCGCCAAAGUGAGCAGGGGGAUCUAGUAUAGCCAGCUCUCUUUGCCUUCCAUAGUCUCUCUUCGUCAUAAUUUAACAUAAAUCGGUUUUAAAACACGUACUAUGCCCAUUCCAGAAAAUAACUCCCUUUCUCUACAACGGCGGAGAAGGAGCACUCCUUCCAAUUCACGAAGUAAUCUCGGCUCGACAUAAAGAACGUACGGGCAAUGCAUUUACAGUCGUUUCAACCCUUAAGAAGUAUGUCUGUUGGCGUCUCGAUUGCCGAGGAGCUGUGGGUGAGACCCUUCUUCAUGUAUGCUUCUUAUCCGGUCUUCCGGAUAACAUGAAGCUACUGGCUCAUCGGUUGAUCGCAUUAUUUCCAAAUAUCAUCAACGACUUUUAUUUAUGUGACGAGUAUUAUGGAGAGACCGCGUUACAUAUGGGAAUUGUAAAUGAAGAUGCGGAGAUUGUAAGGUUCUUGCUGAAGAAUGGAGCGUCUUUGGACGUAAGAUGCACAGGGAACUUCUUUACUUGUGAUGAUCAGAAGAGUUCGCGGGUCGAUUCGGCCAAUUCAGAACACGCGAUGUUGGGGAAGAAUACUUAUUAUUUGGGGUAAGGGAUUUUGAGGUGGUUUAGUUGUAAACUGCGAAACUUACAAACACUAAGGUUGUCCACGAUUGAUAAAAUUUCCAAUAAAAUAUUUAUAGUCAUCUUUACUGGGGAGAAUAUCCUCUUGCCUUCGCUGCUUGUCUUACGCAGACCGAUUGCUUCCGCCUUCUGUGUGGCUAUGGAGCAAAUCCCAAUUGGCAGGAUACCAAUGGCAAUACUGUACUUCAUAUUUGCACGAUUCAUGAGAAUUGGGUAUGGAUCAACCAGUUGUUCCAAUAAGGCCUUGUUUUUAGGAAAUGUUCGAGCUUGCGCUCCGGCAUGGCGCAAAACUUCACAUCGAAAAUAAACAACAUCUUACACCGCUGACGUUGGCCUCGUAUCUCGCUAAAAAAGAGGUAAGAAAACUUCAUCAAAAACCUUGACACUGUGUUUAUUAUGAACAAUCACAUGUUAUUAGAUGUUCGCGAAGAUCCUAAAGAAGGAACGAGAGGUUUAUUGGACUUAUCGUGGCGUCAGAUCAUCCGGAUAUCCCUUGGAACAUAUUGAUUCAAUUCAUCCAAAGACCGGAGAGAUCAACCCAAAUUCGGCACUAGUGUUGGUCAUCUACGGAGCAAGUCAUGAACAUUUACAAUUGCUCCCCAAUUUGCUGGAGAAAUUGAUAAAUUGUAAAUGGACUUCCUAUGCCAGAAGGGAGUAGGUUUCAUUUUUAAUUCGAAUCUAGAAAAAGGUGUAAUUACAAUAUUAUAAUUUUCACUUCAGAUUAUACCGUCAAAUGGCCAUUUUCACAGUUUAUUUCAUAUCGAUGGUGAUCUGUCUGCUUAAUCGACCAACCCCGUAUGACCGAAAAUACGGUAACACGACUCUUGUUUGCAUUGCCAACUUUCCCUUUUUGGAUUACGAUAUGAUGACAACUAAAGAACGAGUAAGUUCAAAAUUAAUCCUCUUCUUUUGUUAAUCGUAAAUUCAAUUGCUGUAUUAUUAUAUUUUCAGCUCUAUUAUGCCCUAAACUUAGUGGUUCUAUUAGGCGCUUUAUAUUACCUGCUUCAAAUGUAUUCGCAUAUAAGGAAUGUUGGGCAGAAGAUGUAUUUUCAGAGUUUGGUAAGCAAAACUUGUACUUCGAAAAGUGAUCACUUUUUAGUGGGGAUUCCCGGCCAAGACAACCUUUCUCAUCUCCUGUAUUUUCGUUAUCUUCGGAUUUUUCCUCCGGAUAUUUUGUUGGGAUGACUUUGAAGACAUAAUUUGGGAGAUUACCAUUCUUCUGACUGCUGUUUACUUUCUUUUCUUCUUCAGGUGGGCGUGGCAUUAAUUACUGAUCAUCAAAUUCGUAUUAUAAGGUAUUUUUUAGAGGUUUCAAGUCCGUGGGACCUUUCGUUCUGAUCUUAUACAAGAUUAUCCUCCGAGAAAUCAGUCGAUUCAUCAUCAUCUACAGUAUCAUUGUCAUCGGUUUCUCGCAAUGUAAGUUCUUCGCAUCAAAUUGACAUGCACUAUAGUGUAAGUAAUGUAAAUAAAUAAAUAAACCCAAAUGUCAAGGUUCUUUUAGCAUUCUACAUUCUCUUCCUGGGCUAUCGUCGAGAUGAUCCAAAGUACGAUCCCCGAGAAGGAAAUAUCAUGUCGAAUGUCGCUGAGAGUUUCAUCCGUAUGUUCAUCAUGUCUCUGACCGAAUUUGCCGUUUUCUUCGAGCAACUUGAGAUGUGUGAGCUCACAAUCUUAGGGAAGAUCACCUUCAUCAUCUACAUGUUGUUGGUGACCAUGUUGCUUAUGAACAUGCUGAUUGCCAUGAUGACGAACACUUACACGGAGAUUGCGGCUAAUGGAUUGGAGUACGUGAGACAGUUUGCAGCCAUUAUAUUGAACAUGGAGCAAAGUUUUACACCGGAGAAUAGAUUGAAAUACCAAAACAUGUAUUCCAGUCCAAUGAGUGAUGGGCACAGGAUCUCAUUGUUGAUGAAACAACGUCUCACGGUACGUAAAUUUCUACUGGAAAUGCAAACUUAUGUUAUACUAUCCACUUAUUAUUUUUGUCUUUUCAGGACGACGAGGUCGUGGAAGAAGAUCAAGAGCUCAUGAAUAUGUGGAGAAAGUUCCGUGAAGACAAAUUACGACAAUUAGCGGAUAAAUAA